CAUUUCUCCACAAAGCCAACGAGGCUUAACCAAAUAAAGUCCCCUUUCUGCCUUUCACUAACUCGUAUUUACUAAAAGUAAGAGAAAUUUGCAAUCGGAGACUCGCCGGAACUGAUGUUAGCCCGCCGCCGGCUCCUGGUUACAUAAAAAGCGCCAAGUAUUCUCUGCCUUUUAUUCUUCUUUUUACGGAAAAUGGGAGAACAGAAAGACCCAGGAAUCACCCUGUUCGGAAAAAAGAUUCCCCUACCGUUAAGGGUGGUGGUCUUCGCCGGCGACGAAUCCGCCGGCGGUGAUUCCGGCGGGGUUAAUUUCCCUGGUGAAAGCAAUAGUGGGUCUGAGCGUGUUAGGUGUUUCGACGACGAGAACAUAGAAGACGCAUAUGAAGAAAGCAAGCCUGAAGAUGAAAUGGCCUCUGAAACUAUCUCAGAAGAGAAAGAUGAAGAUGGAGAUGAAGAUCAAAACAUGGAUGGCAAAGAAAGUUGUAAAGCUUUACAAGAACUGGGGAACAAAACCGAAGCUCCCUCCGCUGAUGAUAACUCUCCAACAGCGAAAUCGACCAAGACUGAAGAUGAUCAAACGGGAACAGAUAAUUCUAAGGAGAAAACGCUAAAGAAACCGGACAAAAUUCUCCCAUGUCCUCGGUGCAAUAGCAUGGAUACGAAAUUUUGUUACUACAACAACUACAAUGUCAAUCAGCCCCGCCAUUUCUGCAGGAGCUGCCAGAGGUACUGGACUGCCGGGGGUUCCAUGAGGAAUUUGCCAGUUGGGGCUGGUCGUCGCAAAAACAAGAGCUCUGCCUCUCAUUGCCACAUCACCAUCUCGAACGCUAACGUCUCCGAUGCCCUCCACGCAAUGCAGCCCGAAGCUCCGAAUGGAUUUCAUUUCCCAGCUCAUCUUAAACCCGACGCCACUGUCCUGUCCUUUAGUCCUAACGCCUCGCUUCGCGAGUGUAUGGGCUCCGUUUUAAAUCCCGGGGAGACGAAGUCGCCAAAUGGGACUCAAAAUGGUUUCUCUAAACCUCACACGAGAAACCCUUCUUACAAAACCGGGAAUGAUUGCUCUACCAAGUCUUCUGUCACAAAUUCGAACUCAAAAGCAGAAUACCUUCCUAAAGUCCCGUGGAAUGCUGCAGCAUCAUUGCCACCCGUUUUCCCCUCGGGAGUUCCCGUCACAUUCUGCCCCGCAACUUAUUGGAACUAUUGCCUCCCCGGUCCAUGGACUCUUCCUUGGUUAACUCCACCAUCUCCAACAGUAAGCCAAAAGUCAUCAAUUUCUAGUCCUAAUUCAUUGGGGAAGCACCCAAGGGACGGGGAUUUACUCGAGCCAAACAACCCCAAGGGUAAAGAAUCAUCCGAACAAAAGAGUCCCGAAGGGAGAAUCUUGGUUCCAAAAACCUUGCGGAUUGAUGACCCCGAUGAAGCUGCAAAGAGUUCUAUAUGGGCAACACUCGGGAUCAAAUACAAUUCCAUAAGCAAGGGAAGCAUGUUCAACGCCUUGGAAGAACAAAAGAGCGACGACAAGAAUCACACAACAAGUGCCUCUAUGGCCUUGCAGGCUAACCCUGCAGCAUUAUCUCGGUCUCUCACCUUCCAGGAGAGCAUCUAACGAGCGAUUUCUCUCCGAUUGUUCUCUUAAGCACAGGUGCCCUUUCUUGUAUUUGAGGUGUGUGUUCACAUGUACAUAGUUUUUAUACUUCUGACAUUAGAAUGGGAAGAGCGAGACGUUAGCUAUAUAUAUGUAGAUGUAAUAUAUGUUACACAUCCACUUCGAAAGUGGCUCCUUUUUGGCAGUUUCACUAGUGGUUUUGAAUAAAAUCCAGCUCUCUUUGAAAA